AUGUUUCCAUACGGAGCCGCGCCCGAGGAGUCUACCGUGCGUCCAUUGGCGGAUGAGGACCAACAGUUACUUCUCGGGCUUGUUCACAAAUAUGGAGCUUCAAGUGUUUUGUAUGCCUUGACCGGCUAUGGAGAACCAUCUCGUGCGUCUGCGUUUUCCGCAAACACACUUCUGAGCAGCGCGAGCGCGUCUUCAAUAGCCUGGACUAACUCAGAGGCGGCCUCACAAUGCCGAUCAGAUGAAGCCUCCAUUCACACUUCAUACACUUGGCCCGAUGUUCAGAACGACAUACAACCGGUGCAUGAGGCAGAGGCUAACAAGGGGACUGAGCGAUCAUGGCUCGACUCGCCUGUGGCAGUUCCGUCUCCGAUGAUUCAGCCCCACGACGUUACAUCACACCCAUCUCCGCGAUUAGUGACACCAACCUCCAAAAAGUACCAGUGUCACAUGUGUUAUUUGGACAACAGCCCCGUCGGAUUUGGCCGAAAGAGCGACUUCAAGAAGCACCUUCACAACUUCCAUGGAGCCGACGUUGUCUGGAUCUGCCGGACCAAAGGGUGCCAUCUAUCCUUCUCCACUGAGCGUGCUUAUGGCACUCACGCCAAGGAAGCUCACAGAAUGAAGGCUCUCCCCAACAGCGCUGCUCGCACGGAAAUGUGCCCGCAGCUUGUCUUCGCCUGUGGCUUUGGCAACUGUCGCGACCGGCUAUUCGAAGCCCAUAACGCGGAAGACGCCUCGGCAACACGCGAUAAGCAUUUCGAACACAUCGCCAAGCAUUUUGAAGAUGGAUUCGAUGUUGCCAAUUGGGAGUACCGAGUCCAGGUGCAAAAUCUGAUGCGCCAGAAGCAAGUGAAGCAGGUUUGGAAGACAUGCGUAUGGCCCAAGGAAAAACGACAACAGCUCCACUGGCGAGCCAGGUCUUCUGGUGACUUGAAGCGCAUCCUCGAGUGUCGCCACUUGGGGACCAACAUCUCCAGCCUGGUCAGACUGGCCUUCAUUCUCGGCACUCCUCCGUUCACAACCAACACCACUCCACCGCCGAACGAGAUCGAUGCCUACUUUCAACUUCCGUAUAGGAGCCAAUGCUUACUAGAGACAUCCGGGCACUCGACCCUGCCAAGCACCGCUUCAAAACCGGAGGAGGAGGACUCGCCUACGCUCAGCGUCCCCAAGAGCCGGUCGGGCAUCACGAGUAUCCCUCAUACCAUGCUCAAGCUCUCUACCCGCUCACUGAAACGGGGUACGCGACCAUCAACGCCUGCAAGUGUCAUGAGCAAUGGCGGUGAUACAAUCAUGGGUGACGAUUUAGCGGCUGGCCCGCACCCAGGAACUCCGUUCCCCAUCCCCAAUGAGACUGUGUGGCCGGCAGACGCUCCCAAGUUUGCUCCGGAUAUCCCGACCUCCAUGCCAAAGCAGGCCGAUACACCGCUCUUUGAUCAUCAGCAGCUACAGCACCCGCAGCACCCACAGCAGCAGCUGAUGUAUACCAUGCCGCCGCAGGAUCCUUCACAGCAAGCAUGGAUGGCCAUGGAUCAACACAUUCCGGCGUUUCAAACACAACAGCAGAUUUUCCCAGACCAGCCGGAUAUGAUGAAUGGCCUAUACGACUAUUCGAUGAACACGAGCCAAGCUUCUACGAUGCGGCCAGCAACACCAACACCCCACAAGCGACCGGCAUCGUGGAGCCGAAUGAUUAGCAUGGAGAACCUGCGACCAGCUAAGAAAUCGACCGCUGAUACACCGCCGCCCGGUAUGAUUAUGGGCAUGUGAACGGAAUGGGCGUCUUGUCUGUCUGUUUACCGAACUACAUAUUUGCCAUUGUUAUAUUCUAUCGCCGAGACGAUCCGGAUAGAGGGCCCGUUAGCGAAUCGCUCCACUCUUUUAUCGACGUUUAUAUGUAUCCAUUAUAUCCCUUGCUGCGGCUGCUUUCCUGUAUUCUCAACCAUAUAUACCACUUUAUACUUACCGGGACGACAAUGUACACUUAAUUGGAGGAACUGAGGGCGGGGAAGGGGCAAGGCCGAUCGAAUCGCUUUCCAUUUUUGUCACUAUACUGAUAUUGAGAUACCAUUUCAUUUUCCUUUCCUUUUUCUUCUUUCCUUUCAACAAUUUCAUCCUUUUUUUUUCUUUUUUAUUUUUAUUUUUGCUUUUAUGCGGUGGACCGGCGUCGUUCAUGAAUCACAUAUAUUCACAUAGAUAAGGUGGGAUAGGUUACUAUGGCAUUACGUGGAGCGAACAUCUCUUUUUUUUUUCUCUGUUGCGCUAUAGUGUACGAAGGAGGGUGGAUGGGGAGACAGAGAGAGAGAGAAGUUGGCGGAAAAGCAAAUCAAGAUACACAUGAAUACUUAGUUGUACGGCGCAAUGUCUGGUGAAAAUGACUUUUUUACAUAUGGAGACAGGAAGAAAUCUACAAUUGACUUUUUUUUUCU